CGUAAACAACCAUCAUGGUGAAAACCUGCAUUGUAUACAAGUGCGCAAACCAGUUUGACCGGUCAAAGAAAGUAAGUUUUUUUCGGUUCCCAAAAGAUAAGCUGAAGCGGAAGACAUGGAUAAAAGCACUUAACAGGGAUGGUUGGGUUCCUAACGAAAGUUCUUGGAUAUGUUCCGAGCAUUUUAUCGACGGCUGGCAUGGAUAUGACCCUGCUGACGAGAAUUACGCUACGACAAUUUUCAAAUACAAGCUGGAGGAGGUAAAAAAGAAAGUGUCUUUACCCAUGCACAGAGGGUCCUGUAAGCCUGUCCCAGAACCUGAAGCUGAGGCUGAGGUUCAAGAAGAGGAUGACAUAGAUGUUAAUGUUCUUGUUGACACUGGUGUCCAAUGUGAUGAAGACCCUCUUCUCUUGGAGAAUAGGCGACUCCAGGAGGAAGUUUCAUGAUCCCUGUGCUGGCUGUUUCCCAGUUAUACCAGAUCCAUAACAGUUCCUCACUUGGUCACUU